GCCGCCGGGCCGCGCCGUACUGGGCCGCGCUGUGCCCGGCCGGGCGGCGGUUGCGAGAGGAGGCCGGAGGCGAGCGCGGGGCCGGCUGUGGGCCCGCAGGGCCGCUGGCAGCCCGCAGGGAGAGCGCGAGCCAGCAGCCGGGGCCGGGCCGGGCUUCCAGACAGGUGAUCCGUGGCGCGGCGGCGGCCCCAGCCUCCCUCCGGAGUUCUUCUCGGGGGCCGAUGCCCGCAAAUAUGCAGAAUUACCGGCCGGGUCGCUCCUGAAGCCAGCGCUGGAGAACGAGCGCGGCGGCGGCCAGCACCGGGAACGCACCAAGGAAGAAGCCCAGCCCCCGCCCUCCGCCCCUUCCGUCCCCACCCCCUACCCGGCGGCCCAGGAGGCUCCCAGCGCGGCGGGCGCGCACUCCGUUCCUCCUCCUCCUCCUGGCUGGCGCUGCCUGCCUCUCCGCACUCGCUGCUCGCGCCGGGCGCGCUCUGCCAGCUCCUUGCUCCCCGCGCCACCCUCCUCUGGGCCGCGCUCCCUAAGGGAUGGUACUGAAUUUCGCCGCCACAGGAGCCCGGCUGGAGCGCCCGCCCCGCGGCCUCGCCUCUCCGCCGAGCCGCCAGCGCCUCGGGACGCGAUGAGGACCUGGGCUUGCCUGCUGCUACUCGGCUGCGGAUACCUCGCCCAUGCUCUGGCCGAGGAAGCCGAGAUCCCCCGCGAGGUGAUCGAGAGGCUGGCGCACAGUCAGAUCCACAGCAUCCGGGACCUCCAGCGACUCCUGGAGAUAGACUCCGUAGUCGCGGCCGAGGGCUGCUCGCUUGCCCGGGGAUUGUUUUCGCCUAGAAGGAAAACGCCGCGUGUGUCACACAAAGUUCAGCCGCGGCGCCCUCGCCUGGUGUGCCGGCCCCCCGCCUGCCCUGGGGCCGGAGGAGCGUCGGGAGCACCCCCAGGCCCUGGGCGCAGAGCCCUGGCUAGUGCCCCGGGCGGGCAGCCCGCGGAGCGAGUCCCCAAGGGCAGGCGCGCCUCCGGGACCCACGGGCGGGCGGAGUCGGUCCCCGGAUCAGGGCCCCGCACCUUUGUAAUCCCUGGGAGCUGGUGCGGCGUUCUUGCCGCAGGGCUAGGCCUUUGUGGCUGCAGGAGACCGGUGUCUUUCUAUGUUCACUACCUAAUGAAAAGCCGGGCCUUGGACGCAUCUGCUGCCUGGGGGCUAUUUUUGUGUCUCACCCUCAGGCCCUGAGGCCGAGUCACUAAAGAAAACAGCUUAUUUGCGAGCACAGAGUUUUGGAGCGAAUGUCAGCUGCAGAGCUGGACUAGACCCGGGCUGGCAAGGGUUAAAGGGGCUUCUCACACCCGGGGGACCCCAGUGGACCACGUUGGGUGGGAGGGGCGAAGGUGUAGGGUGGCCGCCCGCCCCCUCAGGGCUAGAUAGCCCCUUCCCAGAAGGCGAGGUCUUCCAGGUCCUUGUGGCGCCCUUUUCAAAAUGCACACUUGGCGGGGGAACUCCAAUCUGAGCUUUAACCAGGGAAAUCCUCGUGUGGAAGAACUCGUUAGCUGGUUUCAAAAGGGGGCCUGCGAUAAACUUGUUAAAAAGAGCAGCUAAAGGCAGCAGAACUGGAAGAAGUUACGUGAAAUGAAGACUUUUCUCUCCCUGCAGAGGACUCUGGAAAAGGGGGGGUAUGGGGGGAUUAAGUGAAAUCACAUGGUCUAGUCAUUUGGAAAUUUGUACCUAAUUAUGGUGGUGGAGAAGCCUGAACUAUUUUCGUUUCAUGCCAAAACCAUUUUCUAACAAGGCCGAUGGUUUCUGUAGUUUCUUGACCCAGGAAAUCCCUGGGCUGAUCUUUAACCGGGGGCGGUAGUGUUUCACUCCAGAGCACAGUUGGGCGGGGGGAUUUUGAUCAGGUCCCUCCAUGGAUAACUCUGGGGAGAAGGAUUUGGCUCUGGUUUGUGUGUGUAGGGGGGAACACUUGCCUGAAUCUCGCUGGUCUUGGAUGGGUUUCGAAAAGUGGAGAGACUGCUUCCCGGAGAAGGUUUCAGGGCUAUUUUUGGGGGGGGGGGGUGCUCGCAGAUGAGCCUCCUCCUGGGACUGUCUUUGGAAGCCGCAGGGAAAUGGGCCAUUCACUUUCUACUGGGACUAUUCUUAUUCUGGUCUUGGCAGCCCCGCCUCCCCCACCCCCACCCAUUAUCGCCUUUAGCUUUGCCGCUCCGUGGGGUUAUGCUGAUGGCAUUCCUGACCGGGGGCUUUUAGGUCGUGGGGUCCAAACUGAAAACAACUAGGAUGCCCCAAGCUAGUCCUCCCAGCCGGUUUCAAAUUCUCCCUGCAGCCACGUCCUGGGAGCUCUUUCAUCCUGCCCCGGGGAAUGACUAGAGCAGAUCUCAUCAGCCCUCACAUCUCCGUGAGAUGUUUUGGGGUCUGAAUGGGAUUCUCCUUGUGUCUGGGAGGCUGAAUGUGGGGGUGGCAUCUGCCUUCUCUCUUGCCCCCAGCCUUGCCCCUGGUGGGAGAUCUUUUGUGACUCAGGGGGGUUGCCUUCAUCCUUGUCCAGUCACCUCCCCAGGUCUGGCGGGAAACGGAACCAGAGGAACCCACAAUCUCUGGCCUGAGGAACAGAGAGGUCUGGCUGCUUCUCCAGCUUGCAGGGGGUGUCUUUUCCUCACCUCCUGCUCUCUCAUAGGGAGGGUUGUAAACUGCUUGUGGUCAGUUCUUGUGGGGUAAGCGUCCCUUCGGUUCCUGGACUCCCUUUUAGAUCUAGAGGUGCGUCUGGUCUGUUACGGGCAGGGGACAGUGCAGGGCUCAUGAGGAAGGGGCUGGGUGCUGGGAGAAACCCAAUGUGACAACUUUCCCUUGGAAUUCCUGUAGAACCCUUCCAGGCUGACAUUCUUGGCUUUGGGUGCCUCUGAGGCCUAUGUUGUAGGAAACAGAAAAGAGGCUUUCAGGAACCCCAGGUGUGCUCCCCAGCUAUGCUGACUCCUCCCCCAAGUGGGUGGGGCUUUGUGACUGGCACUUGGCUCCUGCCAGCUUGCAGGCUGUGUCCCAUUGUACAGUUGGGGACACUGAGCAAGGCACUGGCUGAGGUCUGGGCCGAUCCUUGGCUGUGGCUGGAGGAGCAGGGGCCCUGGGAUUCCUCACCAUCCUGCCAGAGCCGGAGCAUUUUAUUCAGAGGGUGUGCUGGAGUGAAGAGUGAAGCAUUUUCACCUGUGGCUUGUAGAUCAGAAGCCAGCAUGUGGUCUUUUAAUGAUAGGCAGCCAACAUUUAGGGCUUGUUUGUCCUGUGUGCAGGGGCAGCUGGGGAGCUUUGUUCCCCUAAGCAGUCUGGCCUGGCACCCGGGGGUCAUUGAGGGACUGAUAACAUAAAUAUCCCCCACUCGGGCCAGUCGCGUCAGACCAGGACUGAUGGUUGGAAGAUUCUCCCCGUCCUGGAGUUCUCAUUGGGACAUCUGUGCCUAAAACACAAAAGGCAAAGCCUCCUGAUUAACUGUUCCGGGAGCAGUUUUAGGAGUGAUUCUUGCUGGCCAGGGCCGUGUUUGGUGAGCUGUGAGCGGCUGCUACAAUCAGUGAGCGAUGUCUCAGCCAGCGUAGCUCAGAAGGUGGCUUUGGAAAGCAUGGUCUGCUCUUGGCAUCUUGAGCCAGGGGCAAAGGGGUGGGAGCUAUUCCUCCUCUGUCUGUCAUCUCAAGAAAUUUGCCAACUCAGGCUUUCAAGGGGUCAGUGAACUAGUAGGGGUGCUGUCUUCUCUGUUUAUUAAGCCAGGGCUAGAGGCCUGUGGGGAAUGGGGCCUGUGCACUGUGGACACAGACCACGAAGGCUCCUUCGAGCCACUCCUCCUUGUCCUGUUAUAUUUCUCUGGGCCUCAGUUUCCUCAGGUGGAAAGAAGUGAUAGCAGCCACCGCACACAUAGACACUAACUCAUUGGUAAAGCAGCUAAUGCAUAGGGGUUAUUACUGAAUUUUCUCCAUCGACUGGAGAGCGGACCAGUCGCUCUUUGGUUUGGCCAUGGCAAGAUGGCCACCACCAGGAUAUGACUCAUAAAUGUCACUUUUUUAUGAAAAAACAAAACAAAAAAAAACGCUGCUUGUAAUGGUUGAUGGGAAAUUCUUACUGCGUGAGUAGUUCUGAUCUUAUUUUGGGUCUCAAAAAAAAAUUAGUGGCAUUGGAACAUUGAGUCAUUUUCAGUAAAAAGGUUCUGGGCAGGCUUCAUCUUUGCCAUUCACACCUUAUGUGAGGUUUGCAGGUCUCGGGCGUCUUGGGGGCGUUGAGGAAGCUGAGAUUUCUCCGGUUGGUUUUUGGACAGUCAUGGGUGCCUCGGUGGGCUGGGGAGAGAGGCCUUGGGCUGCUUGUCCCGGACCUAGGAGGUGCAGAGCCCAUUAGCCGUCUGUGCUGGUGACUGGGACGUCCUGAGCUUCCUAGGAGGGGUUGGGGAUAUCUCUGUGCCUCUGGAACAUCCUGGCUGUGAGGCUCACCAUCUCAGCGCCUGUUUGCCCUUGGUUAUAUAUUGGGGAGGCAGGAUGGAGGGAGAUGGGAAGAAACCCCUGAGCUGGUGUCAGGGGGCCAAGGCAAGGAGGCCCAGAGCCACCCACGGUGCCCAGGUUCGUGCAGUGUCCAUGGGCAGGACUGUGGGUCCUCUUCCUGCUGCUGGAAUCAGAGAGAGCUGAAACUCUCCCAGCCUGUCUGUCGUAGCCCUUAGUGCCUGUGACAGGGCGGGGGGCGUGUGCACUGGUGGGGGUGGGGAAUAGGGUUCUUGGUGCUGCUCCUGGGUCAGUGCUGGUCUUGGCUCUGGGCCCGUGCACCACCCACACCUGGCCGCCUCGCUGUAAACACGCCUGGCAGAUGCAGGCUUCUCUCAACCCCUUUCGCAGGCUGCCUCCCUCUGUCAGGCCCCGAGGACUCCUCAGUGUAGGCUCCACGAGAGGCCACGUGCCCUCCUGUCUUUCCUUAUGGCCACUGGCCCUAGAGUAGACUCAUUUCAGAGAGGAGUGGGGUCUGGCCAACAGCCCAGUCUGGCUGCUUCCAGUGCCCCUUAAAGGUUAAGCCACUUCUUCAAGGAGCGCUUCAGCGACAGGGAGGGAGGGAGGCAGAAACCUAAGCUGCCUCUGCUUCUCCCUUGGUCCAGCCCCCAGACAGGGGUGGGGCCUGGCUUAGCCCUGCACCCCUCAGGGUGGUGGGGUGAGCCGGGCAGCCUUCGGCCUCUCCUGACCCUGAGAGGUACAGCCCUCACCUGGACUACGUGGGAUGGGGCGCCAUAGAGGAGACCACCUGCAGUCCCCUGGGGCCCUCAGCUUUGUCACAGGUCCCUGCAUUUGGGGACCUCUGUGCUAAUGGGGUGUUUUCUGUAGCUUCAUAUCCUGCAUAUCUGAAGAGCCCUGGUGGGAAUAGAGGUUCUCCCAGGGGAUCCCCUGCCCCUCGUAGCGGGGAAGGGGGGCUGUACUGCCCGAUCCCUGUUCCCCAGUGGCUCCGAAAGCUGGUCUGUGUGACGUACGGCUGGACAGGCCCCGGGCUCAGCACACAGGCCUGGAGCAGUCACAGUGCUCUCCUUCUGC